AUGGAUACUUCCAUCAAAAUCUUACUAGCGAAGAGCGACGACUCGGCGUUCAACCCGCGGGAGGGGUGGCUGGUGCGGGGCAUGAAGGGCUACCGGGUGCUCACGGGCAUCGACGCCUCCUACGACGAGGCCAAGGAGAUCUGUCAGAUACUGUUCAGCUACCACUUCGGCCACUCUUAUAGCCUCCUGAGUCUCGUGUCCAUCAACAGCACCGAAGAGCAACGGUUGGUCUACUCACUCGUAUUGGCCUCCAAGCACUCGCACGACCAGUUCUGGAUCGGGGCCCGGGAUGACGAGGUACACGGGCUCCGGUGGAUCGAUGGCCAAGAUGUCAAGUGGACCAACUUUGUCCAGUAUAAGAAACAGAGUCCGGGUCAGAGGUGCGUGGCCAUUGACGCGACUAAAAAGGGCCGGGUAGAGAAUCCGGGUAAAUGGGUGUUCGACCAUUGCGCCAGUAGGAAGGGGCUGAUAUGUCAAAGGGCGUAGGCGAUUGGUAAUAGUUUAUUUGUAUAGUUUUGGCGUACAAUGCGGGACACCGUGUAUGAUAUAUUUGGUGGUUUACUAAAAACACGAAAUUGCUGGAUUAUAAUAGUUAUCCAUUAAAUUAAUAUAUAAUUCUUGAGAGUUAUGUGAAUA